CCAAAUUCUAAAGAUGCUGUCGAUAUUACGGAAAGCACGAUUAAAGGAUAAGGAGAUGAGGAUCUUGAUGUUGGGUCUCGACAAUGCAGGAAAGACCACCAUAGUGAAGAAGAUCAUGAACGAGGAUGUCAACAGCGUCAGUCCCACACUUGGAUUCAUCAUAAAAACGAUCGAAUACGAUGGUUAUAAAUUGAACAUAUGGGAUGUCGGCGGACAGAAGACGCUCAGGACGUACUGGAAGAACUACUUCGAAAAGACGGAUACGCUGAUCUGGGUGGUUGAUGCGACAGAUCGAGAGCGCCUCGAUGAUUGCCGCCAGGAGCUAGCUGGUCUACUGCUGGAAGAGCGCCUGAUGGGAGCUAGUCUCCUCGUGUUCAAGAAUAAAAGCGAUGUCGCGAGUGCGAUGACCGAAGACGAAGUUCGAGAGGGACUCGGGUUGGACUCGAUCAAGACGCACAGGUGGACCAUCAUGGCGUGCAGUGCCAUGACAGGGCUGAGCCUGCAAGAGGGACUCGAAUGGGUAGUGCAGGAUGCAAAGGCACGACUUUUCCUGUACUGAGGGGAGAUAUAAAAUGAUAUGAGCGUGGGAUAUCUCUUCUAUAGUUCAUGAGGAGAGGGUGUAUACACAGUAAUAAUACAUUAAUGUGGACAUGAGA